CCGCCUCCCCGCAGGGCGAACCCUAUAAAGUCGUGGUGAACUGGGUCCCUCCAGCCGCUCUCUCGGUUCAGUCCAACUUCAAGGUCAACAGGUCCCCCGUGAGGGGAUCCCUCUCCGGAGAGGAGCGCGCCGGUCAUGGCCCAGGAGCUGUACCACCCGGAGUUCGCCCGGGCGGGCAAGAAGGCGGGGCUGCAGGUCUGGAGGAUCGAGAAGCUGGAGCUGGUGCCGGUGCCCCGGAGCGCUUACGGCGACUUCUACGUCGGGGAUGCGUACCUGGUGCUGCACACGAGCAAGGCGUGCCGCGGCUUCACCUACCGCCUGCACUUCUGGCUGGGAAGGGAGUGUUCUCAGGAUGAAAGCACAGCAGCUGCCAUCUUUACUGUGCAGAUGGAUGACUAUUUGGGUGGCAAACCAGUGCAGAAUAGAGAACUUCAAGGCUAUGAGUCUACUGAUUUUGUUGGCUAUUUCAAAGGCGGUCUGAAAUAUAAGGCUGGCGGUGUGGCAUCUGGACUGAAUCACGUUCUCACCAACGACCUGACCGCCCAGCGGCUCCUGCACGUGAAGGGUCGGAGGGUGGUCAGGGCCACGGAAGUUCCCCUGAGCUGGCACAGUUUCAACCAGGGUGACUGCUUCAUCAUUGACCUUGGCACUGAAAUUUACCAGUGGUGUGGUUCCUCAUGCAACAAAUAUGAGCGCCUGAAGGCCAGCCAGGUGGCCAUUGGCAUUCGGGACAAUGAAAGGAACGGAAGAUCUCAACUAAUUGUGGUGGACGAAGGGAAUGAGCCACCAGAGCUUAUAAAGGUUUUAGGACAAAAGCCGGUGCUUAGCCAUGGAGAUGAUGACGAUGACACCAUAGCAGACAUAACUAACAGGAAAAUGGCUAAACUCUAUAUGGUUUCAGAUGCCAGUGGGUCCAUGAGGGUGACGCUGGUGGCAGAGGAGAACCCCUUCUCCGUGGCCAUGCUGCUUUCUGAGGAGUGCUUCAUUUUGGACCACGGCGCUGCCAAGCAGAUUUUUGUGUGGAAAGGUAAAGAUGCUAAUCCCCGGGAGAGAAAGGCCGCAAUGAAGACAGCUGAACUAUUCCUAGAUCAAAUGAACUAUUCCACCAAAACCCAAAUUCAAGUUCUUCCAGAAGGAGGUGAAACACCAAUCUUCAAACAGUUCUUUAAGGACUGGAGAGAUAAAGAUCAGAGUGACGGCUUCGGGAAAGUGUACGUCACAGAGAAAGUGGCCCAAGUAAAACAAAUUCCAUUUGAUGCCUCAAAGUUACACAGUUCUCCACAAAUGGCAGCCCAGCACAAUAUGGUGGAUGAUGGCUCUGGCAAAGUGCAGAUUUGGCGUGUGGAAAGCAAUGGUAGGAUCGAAAUUAACCAAAAUUCAUAUGGUGAAUUCUAUGGCGGUGACUGCUACAUUAUACUCUACACGUAUCCCAGAGGACAGAUUAUCUACACAUGGCAAGGAGCCAAUGCCACGAGAGAUGAGCUGACGACCUCUGCCUUCCUGACUGUUCAGUUGGACAGAUCCCUGGGAGGACGUGCUGUGCAGAUUCGAGUCUCCCAGGGCAAAGAACCUGCUCACCUGCUGAGUUUGUUCAAAGACAAACCACUCAUUAUUUACAAGAAUGGGACAUCAAAGAACGGAGGGCAGGCACCUGCUGCCCCCACGCGUCUCUUUCAAGUCCGGAGAAACCUGGCAUCGAUCACCAGGAUUGUGGAGGUAGAUGUGGAUGCAAAUUCGUUGAAUUCCAAUGAUGUUUUUGUCCUGAAACUGCCACACAACAAUGGCUACAUGUGGGUAGGAAAAGGUGCCAGCCCGGCGGAGGAGAGGGGAGCGGAGCACGUGGCCGGUGUGCUCCGGUGCAGAACCACGAGGAUCCGGGAGGGAGAGGAGCCAGAGGAGUUCUGGACUUCCCUCGGAGGGAGGAAGCGCUACCAGACCUCUGCCCUGCUGGAGACCCCGGCCGAAGACCACCCGCCGCGGCUGUACGCCUGCUCCAACAAAACCGGGCGGUUCAUCAUUGAAGAGGUCCCAGGAGAGUUCACCCAGGAUGAUUUAGCAGAAGACGAUGUCAUGUUGUUAGAUGCUUGGGAACAGAUUUUUAUUUGGAUUGGCAAAGAUGCCAAUGAAGUUGAGAAGUCAGAAUCUCUGAAGUCUGCCAAAAUGUACCUUGAGACAGACCCUUCUGGAAGAGACCGGAGGACGCCAAUUAUCAUAAUAAAACAGGGCUAUGAGCCACCCACUUUCACAGGCUGGUUUCUGGGCUGGGAUCCCAGCAGGUGGUAAACUGGUUUUUGGAGGAAUAAACAAACCUUAUGGCUGUCCCAUUCCAGUUUGGGGUGG